AUGUUUAAUUUAGUGAUUACAGAUUAUUGAUAAUAAUAGAUGGCGAUUUUUAUGACACUCUAACAUCUGCUCCUUCCGUCUUAGUUUAUACAGCAAAAAUGAACAACACCAAAAACACGGGCCUCCUCCAUUAUAUGAUUCCUGUAGUGGGCUUGGGGACGGCGAAUUUCUACCGCAUCCACUACCUAGCGAUCACGUGCCUGGUAUGCAGCUUAAUAUCAGUCAUCGCUAUUCUCGCUGUCUCUUUCCGGUCUAAAAAGGUGCGUUCGUUUUACAAUUCUUGGACAAAAUGCGAACGUUUUGUGGUUUACAUGGCUCUCUGCGAUGGGUUCUACAGCGUCGUUCACCUGAUGGACCACAUUCAGGUAACCAUCACCCAGUCUCACGUCCAUCCUCUGGAGCUCUGUGAAGUCUACGGCUUCGUCAUUUUCAUGUUCGCCUCGGCCCAAAUGCUGCUGACCUCGCUGAUUGCAAUCAACGCUUUCGUAUUGAUAAAGUUCGGUAAGAACGUGAACCUUGGGAGGUAUGACUGGAAGCUUCUCCUGUUGACGUAUGGGGUUCCGUUCAUAGAUUGUCUGGGUAUUAUACUGGCUGGUGAUAUGGGACCGACUGGGAUAUCCUGUGGAGUGGCUGGUAAAUUUUCCUUCUUGUGUCUCUCCACCAUUCCUAUAUUGGCCGUCAUGACCCUCAACAUCAGUCUUUACUUACUCACUUGGUUUACAAUUCGAGCUGAAACCAAGAGAUUGUCAGGUACAAUAGGUAACAAGAGCGACAGACCCACACGGGCCGCUAGGACCAUGUCCCUCUUUGUGUUGGUGUUCAUCAUCCAGUGGGGAGCGGCCGCGGUGUACGGGGCCUGGACGAUGCUGGAUGACCACAUCCCUCUGGAGAUUGUCUUCCCUGUCAUGGCCUUCUCCAGUUUGGGCGGGCUGUUGAAUGGAAUCGUGUACUUGAACAUGCGCAUCAAGUCAAAAAGAUGGAAUACCACUGCAGCUGUUACUAUGAUCUCGACAAAACAAACUACUGCGGCUCCAUUGGGUGACCCAGGAAACUCGCGACAAUUGCCGUAAAUAAAAACACGAUGCCACUUUUUAAACUCAACUGCAAUCAUCGUUGUAAAAUGACAUGUAAUUUGAUUGUACAUGUUCUUCUCUAGGAAGCAAAAUUUAAAUUUGUUUAUAAGCACUUGUAAAAUUAUAACUUUCCUUUUAACACAAAGGAAAUAAGUUUGUACUAAAAUUAUAAGGUAUACGUAAAUUUUCCUCUGCAUGGUGUAAAUUACAAGGAGUAAAAUUGGUGUAAGUUCUUCCCAUGUUUAGAGAUGAAUAAAAUAUUUAUUGCAUCUCAACACCUUAAUAAAAAAUUAAAACAAAACUUA